UUCAGACGCAGGCGGCGCGUGCGACCUUACAGACUGAUUAGUUUGUAUGAAGCUCAAGUGUUCAGCCACAGCAGUAUUGAUCCGUGCAUCGGGUCUGUAAACAGGAUUGUGAUUUGAUGACAUUCAUCAUUUAGCUGGUUAUUCGGCCUCGUACUGUGAAGAAGCAGGUUAGCGUCCAUCUGCAGUGGACAAUGAGAAAGCUCGCGUUGCUGUUGAUUGUGCUACUCGGCGUUGCACAUUUUGCAUCUGUCAGCAGGUGUGAAGAAGAUGUUGUGGCAGAGGGGGAGGCCGAAGAAGACAGUGAUGAUGAGGAUGAAGAAGAUGAAGACACGGAGGUGAAGGAGGAGAAUGGAGUUCUGGUACUGAAUGACAACAACUUUGACACGUUCAUGGAGGAUAAGGACACUGUGUUGGUGGAGUUUUAUGCUCCAUGGUGUGGCCAUUGCAAGCAGUUUGCUCCUGAGUAUGAAAAAAUUGCACAGACGUUGAAGGAGAAUGACCCGCCCAUUCCUGUGGCCAAAGUAGAUGCCACUGUGGCAACUGAUCUGGCCAGCCGGUUUGAGGUGUCAGGCUACCCCACUAUCAAGAUCCUGAAGAAGGGAGAGCCUGUGGAGUAUGACGGACCAAGAACAGAGACAGCUAUUGUUGAACGUGUCAAAGAGGUCGCUCAGCCUGGAUGGAAACCUCCACCUGAGGCAACACUGGUCCUCACCAAAGACAACUUUGACGACACUGUUAACAACGCAGACAUCAUCCUAGUAGAGUUUUAUGCCCCAUGGUGUGGACACUGUAAGCGCUUGGCUCCUGAAUAUGAAAAAGCUGCCCAGGAACUGAGCAAGCGCACACCCCCCAUUCCCCUUGCCAAAGUGGAUGCCACUGUGGAAAACGAGCUGGCAUCUCGUUUUGAUGUUACAGGAUAUCCCACGCUUAAGAUCUUCAGGAAGGGCAAGGCAUUUGAGUACAAUGGACCCAGAGAAAAAUAUGGCAUUGUUGACUACAUGAGCGAGCAGUCAGGUCCUCCAUCCAAGCAGGUUCAGGCCGUAAAGCAGGUUCAGGAGCUGAUUAAGGAUGGAGAUGAUGCUGUGAUUGUGGGCGUUUUCUCCAGUGAAGAUGAUGCAGCAUUUGAGAUCUACAAUGAGGCCUGUAAUGCAUUGAGGGAGGACUUCACUUUUAGACAUACCUUCAGCUCAGAAGUGGCCAAAAUGCUUAAAGCUUCUCCUGGUCAGAUUGUCAUUGCUCAUCCUGAGAAAUUUCGCUCAAAGUAUGAACCUGCCCAGCACACACUAACAAUGCAGGAUUCUACAUCAGUUUCAGAGGUGCAAGACUUCUUCAAAAAGCACAUUCUUCCUCUAGUAGGGCACAGGAAACCCAGCAAUGACGCUAAACGCUACACUAAAAGGCCACUGGUCAUUGUUUACUAUGGCAUAGACUUCAGCUUUGACUACAGAAAGGCCACACAGUUCUGGAGGUCUAAAGUGUUGGAGGUGGCCAAGGACUUCCCAGAGUACACGUUUGCCAUCGCUGAUGAGGAAGACUAUGCUGAGGAGCUGAAGAGCCUGGGUCUGAGCGAGAGUGGAGAGGAAGUUAAUGUUGGUAUUUUGGGUGAUGGAGGAAAGAAGUACGCCAUGGAGCCAGAGGAAAUGGACUCUGAUGUGCUGAGGGACUUUGUCAUGGCUUUCAAGAAAGGAAAGCUGAAGCCUAUUAUUAAAUCACAGCCAGUGCCGAAGAGCAACAAAGGACCAGUGAAAGUUGUGGUGGGGAAGACAUUUGAAGAGAUCGUAAUGGACCCCCAGAAGGAUGUCCUCAUUGAGUUUUAUGCUCCCUGGUGCGGACACUGCAAAAAGCUGGAGCCGGACUAUCUGACUCUGGGCAAGAAGUACAAGGGACAGAAGAACCUGGUUAUUGCCAAGAUGGACACCACAGCUAAUGACGUGCCAAAUGAAAAUUACAAAGUUGAGGGUUUCCCAACAAUAUACUUUGCUCCCAGCAAUGACAAGCAGAAUCCUGUCAAACUAGAAGGUGGAGACAGGACUGUUGAGGGACUCAGCAAGUUCAUAGAAAAGCACAGUACAAAGCUGGUGAAAGAUGAACUUUAAGGUAUCUCUGCAUGUAGUUAUGAACUCUUACUGUGCUCUGCAGAGUCACACAGCCUUUAAAAGGUGAAGGGAACACAGGUGUUACUGCGAUGACCACUGUCAUCAUUUUAGUUUCUGUUCAAUGUUCAUUCCAACAGAUUCAGCUUUCUGUUCAUAAAGGCAUGUAUGCACUGAAGUCUUUUUAAUAAAAUAGUGUGGCUGCUUUGGAGGCCAGCACUCAAAUCUUA